CGUCGUAGUUCGUCCGAAACACCGCCCGCCGCAGUUAUCAGAUUAUAAGGUCGCCUGAGAGAUCUCGCCACACAGUGCUCGCCGCCUGAACCACGACUACCACGAUGAAAGUCUUGAUACUAGGAGCUACAGGCCCUUGUGGCCAACUGCUCAUACAAGAGGCUCUGGCCGCAGGACACUCCGUCGUGCUCCUCGUCCGUUCGCCUCACAAACUCCCCGACUCGAUCAAGUCGAACCCAUCGGUGACCGUUAUCAGUGGGCAGCUUACCGACGCAGAGCUCGUCGGCAGGACCGUAGCCGACGUUGACGUCGUGCUCUCUGCGCUCGGCCCGCCCGUGUCCGUCACCAGCGGCCUCACCUACCCCUCCGACACCCCGCUCGCGCAAGCGUACGGGCUUAUCAUCGCUGCGAUGAAGAGGCACGGCGUGCGCCGCCUCAUCGCGCUCGGGACGUCGAGCAUCAAAGACGAGCACGAUCACUUCAGCGUCGUGUUCAAGACGCUCGUUACUGGGGUCCACCUCUUCGCACACGGCGCGUACAAGGACGUCGUCGCAAUCGGAGAUAGAGUGAGGCACGAGGGAGGCGAUCUAGACUGGACGAUCGUGCGGGUGCCCGUACUUACAAGCGACCCGGACAAGACCUACAUCGCGGGAUACGUUGGGGAUGGGCAUGUGAAGCCCAAGCUGGCGAGGCCUGCCUUUGCGGCGUUUGCGUUGCAGGAGCUGGACAAGGGAGAAUGGAUUCGCAAGGCUCCCCUCGUCUCCUCCCCAUGAUGAAAGGCUAUUCUAGUUUGACGAUUAGGAAGUAAGUGUAUGGUCUCGGCAUGUCCCAUAACACAUGGCUUACGAACCGCCACAGAUGCCUCGGACAGAAUCCAACAGAGUUUGCAGCAUACGAGUUUAUGUUAUAGAUUCUGAUAGAGUCCUGGUGCCAGAGAGCUUUUCUAUGUACAGUACAUUUAUCCCAUCUCGUGAAACGUCGAACGAUGACUACUACGGCCUCCCGCGAGGCGCGAUCCAACGCAGCGCCACAGGAAAGCAAGACGCAUGAAUGAUUAUCAGCUGAUAUAGUCUAUACAAAUACAGGGCUUCUGUCGGUCCACUCCUGUGCUGUCGCAUCAGUGCCGAGAGGUCUUUGGCUUCUUCGGUUUACCCCACGCCUGAUUCUCGUCCUCGAGGUCUUGUGCCUGUGCACGGCCCGGGUAUGUAUCAUUAACAGCGGCGGAUAUAUGCGCUCGAACGUGGACUUACGACCAUGCCGAGGCUUGAGCUAGAGCGAUACGACUAUCAAACGACGGUGAGAUUGUGAAUCGUACAGCGGUCGCAUGACUUACGUCAAGUGUCGAAGACAACGCCGUGGACACGCCACUCGACGAGCUCAGUGUACUCGAGUCGCUGUCUGAGCGCGCGAUAGACGCGGGCUGGUGGACGGUCCGACCGUCAGCGGUGCGUCAGGCAUCCAGUCUACCGGGUGUGUACACACCUUAGACGAAGACCAGGAUGUGUGUGACAGGCGGUUCAUGUUCAGUACAAUUGAAAGGUUUGGAGAAUGGCACAGCUCAGAGGGAGGCGACGCUGCAGUUGUGCCUGGUCAUCCCAACACGAAGCGUCUUAUAUACACCUCGUCAGAGUAUCCGCCCGAGUCUGUCCUUGUUUCACAAAACCGAUCUGACCACCGGCCUAGCCCUAAUUCGCUCUCCUCGAGUGGGUCUAUGAUCGGCGACGGGCACCUACAGAGAAAAAAAUACCAUACAAGCAGCAAAUGUACACACACUCGCACGCGCGAUGUCUCGCUGGCGGCCACAGCCGCUGACAGAUCGCUCGACUUUAGAGUUGGCUGGGGCCGGUCACGGGGAGUGGAGUGGCGAUGUCUGCUGCUCGCGGUGUCGGCGCUGCCAGGCCGUGCGAGAAACAUACUGCACCCGCGACGGAAGAUGA